AUGGCCGAUACAGAGAAACCAGAAGCCAUACAGGCUGAGACAACGCCCAAGAAUCACGACGAUGCAGUUGCUGAGCUUAAAAAGACCAUCACUGUCGACACGAUUCAUAACGACGAGGCUAUGAAAGUGCUUGCCAAUUACAGCGGCGAAGAAACGUGGGAUGCGAAGGAGGAAAAGAAAGUCCAACGGAAGAUCGAUCGACGGUUGCUUCCAAUCCUCUGCGCUACCUACGGCUUACAAUAUUAUGACAAGGCCAUGCUCGCGCAAGCGGCACUGUUCGGGAUCCGCACUGAUCUCAACCUCGAAGUCGGUAACCGCUAUUCGUUCUCUGCCGCAAUCUUCUAUCUGGGCUUCAUUGUGGGCGCAUACCCAGCCAUCGUCAUGGCACAGCGUUAUCCCAUCGAACGGGUCGCUUCUUUGAUCGUGUGCGUCUGGGGAAUUUGCUUGAUGUGCACUGCGGCUUGCCACAAUUGGCAAGGCCUCUACGCCCAGCGAUUUUUCUUGGGCUUCUUGGAGUCCGGAAUCAGUCCGAUGUUCAUGUUGGUUGUUGGACAGUUCUACAAGAAGGAUGAGCAGGCGCUGCGGAUGGGUGCCUGGUAUUGCUGCACCGGUUACGUCUCCAUCGUCUCCCCACUGAUCAAUUACGGCCUCGGUCACAUUCGCGGCGCUCUCUCCCCAUGGCGUUAUAUGUACCUCGUCGCCGGAGCCCUCACCAUUCUCUGGUCCGUUGUCAUCUAUUUCUUCAUGCCACCCGACCCUAUCCGGGCCAAGUGCUUCAACGAGCGCGAACGAUACAUUGCCGUGGCUCGCUUACGUGUCAAUAACGCUGGCGUCCGCAACACACAUUUCAAAGUUGAACAGCUCUGGGAACUACUACUCGACGUGAAAUUCUGGAUCGUCUUCUCAAUGGCAUUCCUCAUCAUGAUUGCGAAUGGACCCGUCUCCACCUUCACCGCGAUCAUCAUUGCCAGUUUUGGCUUCAACACGCUCAAUUCGUUGCUGUUGAUCAUGCCCGCUGGUGUGAUUAUCGGAACAAUAGAAUGGGUGGCCCCGUAUAUUGCGUACAAGUUCCCAAAUACGAGGGCUUACCUGGUGGUUGUUUGCGAGCUGGGCACCAUCAUGGCCAGUCUCCUACUUUGGUUGUUGCCGAGAGAUGCCACUGGUGGAUUGCUAUUCGGAGCAUACACCCUGGCGAGCUUUGGAGGUGGCUAUGCGGUGUUGAUGGGUAUGCAGAUUGCCAACACCGCCGGCUACACAAAGAGGAGUCUGGCAAGUUCGGGCAUUUUUGUGGGUUAUUGUCUGGGCAAUUUCGUGGGGCCCCUCCUCUUCAAGCCCGAGGAUGCUCCCGUCUAUGCGCCAGGCUUUAUUGCCGUUGUCGUCACUUCGGCGGUCUCUGCCGUCCUGGCCAUUGUGUAUCGCUUGGUCUGUGUCUGGGAGAACAAGAAGCGGGAUAAAGCGGGAACAAUGGAGGCCUUUGAGCAUGCCUACGAGGAUGAUUUGACUGACAAGAAGAAUCCACAAUUCCGAUACAUACUUUAA